CCAUUGCGCGCUGUGGAGAGAUGAUCAUUGAAUCCAGCGGCACAAUAAUGGCAUCGCUGACAGGGAGUCUCGCUCUCUCACGGUCGUCCCUGGCUAUUACCUGAACCGCACCUGUGGACUUCAUCUUCCCUUGUCAUUUACACACGCAACAGAAGCUCCAGACGGGCGGGUGCGCGCAUCGCGUGCACCUCCACCGACUAGGGAUUGCAUUGUGCUGAGUUGACCGAAAAGCUCCUUGUUCGUGUAGGUUCGACGGCUUAAAUGAGAGCACCUCACACAUUUGACCGACUUGCACCUUCUCUUUAGUAACUUUGAUGGGGACUUCGAUAUCAAGCAGGGAAAAUGCCUGUGAUGAAAGGAUUAUUGGCGCCACAGAACACGUUUCUGGACACUAUAGCCACACGUUUUGAUGGCACUCACAGCAACUUCAUCCUGGCCAAUGCGCAGGUGUCAAAGGGCUUUCCCAUCGUCUACUGCUCUGAUGGCUUCUGUGAGCUUACAGGCUUCUCCCGGGCUGAGGUCAUGCAGAAGAGUUGUGCCUGUAAGUUCCUGUACGGGCCAGAGACCAGCGAAACCAUCAUCCUCAGCAUUGAGGACGCCCUGGAGGAGCGCAAAGAGUUUAAGGAUGAGAUCAUGUUCUACAAAAAGACAGCGGUGCUGUUUUGGUGCCUGCUGGACAUUGUGCCAAUUAAGAACGAGAAGGGCGACGUUGUGCUCUUUCUGGCUUCAUUUAAGGACAUCACUGACACUAAAGCCAAAACCAUUCAAGAGGACAAGAAGGAAGAGCGACGGCGCGGCAGGGUGAAAACAGGCUCUCCAUUCAGCUCGGCUCGUCUGCGGAGCAGUACGGUGCUCUACCACAUCUCUGGUCACCUCCACAGCAGAGAGAAGAGCAAGAUUAAACUCAACAAGAAUGUGUUCGGGGAUCCUCCUGCUCUGCCAGAGUACAAGGUAGCAGACGCCAAGAAGUCCAAAUUCAUCUUACUUCACUACAGCACGUUCAAAGCUGGCUGGGAUUGGCUGAUUCUACUUGCUACAUUCUAUGUUGCUGUGACGGUGCCCUACAAUGUGUGCUUCAUCGGUGAUGAUGAUGACCUGACCCGCAGCACAACUGUCAGUGAUAUCGCAGUGGAGAUACUGUUCAUCAUAGACAUUGUUUUUAAUUUUCGCACCACUUAUGUCAGCAAGUCGGGCCAGGUGAUCUUUGACGCUCGACAGAUCUGCAUCCACUACCUGACCACAUGGUUCAUCAUCGACCUGGUGGCCGCUUUACCCUUUGACCUGCUCUAUGCCUUCAAAGUCAGCGUGGUGUCCGUGGUCCACCUGUUAAAAACAGUACGUCUGCUCCGUUUGCUGCGGCUGCUCCAGAAGAUGGACCGUUACUCACAGCACAGCACGGUGGUCCUGACGCUGUUGAUGUCCAUGUUUGCCCUGCUGGCCCACUGGAUGGCCUGCAUCUGGUACAUUAUUGGCAAGAUGGAGAUGGAGGCCAACGCUUACAACUGGGAUAUUGGAUGGCUCCAUGAGCUGGGGAAGCGCCUGGAGUCGCCAUACUUUGCCUUAGAAGGUGUGAACGGGACCGGCAGCGGCCCCUCCAUCCGCAGCGUCUACGUCGCCUCACUCUACUUCACCCUCAGCAGUCUGACCAGCGUGGGCUUCGGCAAUGUGUCAGCCAACACUGACACUGAGAAGAUCUUCUCUAUUUGUGUCAUGCUUAUCGGAGCACUGAUGCAUGCACUGGUGUUUGGUAAUGUGACGGCCAUUAUCCAGAGGAUGUACUCGCGCUGGUCCCAGUACCACACCAGAACCAAAGACCUCAAGGACUUCAUACGUGUCCAUCAUCUGCCACAAAGCCUCAAGCAGCGAAUGUUGGAGUAUUUUCAGACAACCUGGUCGGUCAACAACGGCAUCGACUGUAAUGAGCUGCUGAAGGACUUCCCGGACGAGCUGCGAUCUGACAUCACCAUGCACCUUAACAAGGAGAUCCUGGAGCUGUCGCUGUUUGCCUCCGCCAGUCGUGGCUGCCUGCGCUCCCUGUCACUGCACAUCAAGACCUCCUUCUGCGCUCCCGGAGAGUACCUCCUCCGGCAGGGCGACGCACUCCAGGCCAUCUUCUUUGUCUGCUCGGGGUCCAUGGAGGUGCUGAAGGAUGGCAUGGUGCUGGCCAUCCUGGGUAAAGGUGACCUGAUAGGGGCGAACCUGUCCUUAGAUGACCGAGUGAUAAAAACCAAUGCGGACGUGAAAGCCCUGACCUACUGUGACCUGCAGUGCGUCAACCUGAAGGGGCUGUAUGAGGUGUUGGACCUCUACCCUGAAUACUCACACCACUUCAUCCAGGACAUCCAGCAGGACCUCACAUACAACUUGAGGGAGGGACAUGAGACACAUGUUAAGGCCAGACUGCCUACAACAGCUCUAGAUACUCAGUCUGGGGUGGGAAGAAACGGACGAGUGGUUCAGGGCUAUCCGCCCAUCAUCGAGGCACAGCAGGAACAUGAGGAAGAUGAUGAGGAGGAGGAUGACGAGGCCAUGUCUAUAUCUCUGUCAUCGGAGCGGAACCAGGCGGUCAACCUCAGGGACACGGGUGGGAAGUCUCCACUAAGUCGACCCAGCCAGAAGACCACAGGACAGAGUUCCAGGAGGUCUCGGAGGAAGAUCCAGGAAAUUACUCUCACCACUUUAGACCCUUCCAACCUGAGCCCCAGGAUAGUGGAUGGAACUGAAGACAGUGAGGGGACGGAGAGUUCCCUGGCUUUCUCCUUCUCUACCACCCGAGGCUGUCCCAUCAAUGAACCAACCAGUGCCUCAGCAUCUGCCACAGAUAUGCUGCAGAUCAGCACAGCAGAGCUAGCAGCUAAAGCAGAGGAGACCAGAGGACAACUGCGACACCUUGACCAGCAGGUGAGCACCCUUGGGAGGGAAGUGGCUGACCUUGGACGAGUCAUGAAGAGAAUGGCCCAACUCAUGGAGACCCUCAUGUCAUCAGUGCCACAACCUACAUUAGUCUGCCCCACACACUACUCUCCAGCACACCACACAUAUCUGCCCCAUCCUAACCCUCCUCAGUCUUACCCUUCACCAUCUUCUUCUCAGACUGCCUCCAUCUGGAUGGACACACCCAUGUCAUUGCCCUCUUCUCCCCUCAUUAUUCCUCAGCAACCUGGUACGAUAUGCCACAAUGACUCCCUUACACACCGACCCCAGGACCUGCAGCUGGGGUAUCCUGCUAUCCCCAGCUCAACUUUACCUCCAACUCCCAACUCAUCUGCCCUUCAAGAGCCUCACCUGCCUUCCUCACCCCUCAGCUCACCAGAGACUUCCCACUACAAAGACGGGGUUCCUGGCUCCAUCAGGUCGGGGCUACACAGUCCACCCCUGCAAGACGGGGGAGAUGAGGGCCCUCAUCAGAGCUCUGGGUGUUCUUCACCAACUGGACUUGGGGGAACCUACCACAGCACGACCAGGGGUUUGUAGCAGCCCUCCAGCUGAACUUUCCUGGACUCUGCAGGACUUUUUCCAGGAUAUUUUUUGGGAUAUGUUCCUGACCUACAGAUCAAACUGAUCAACUGGGGUCCCCCAUAUCACUGGAGGACGUUUGCAGGGAUGCAACUCAGUUUCUUUUUGUUUUAAAGGCACGUGUUUAAAAAUCAUGUUGCAUGAAAACAAGUACAGAAGGUUUAGGUGUGUUAGCUUUACCUUAUAGAAACGUAGUGUUGUUAGACAGGAUGUAGAGGUUUGGGUCAGUUGUGGAGCUGUAUGAUGUCAGCUCCCUGGGCACAGCUCACCCCCAACCCGCUACCCCUCCCACCUUUAGGCGGGAUUGUGCCAUAAUGGAGGACAAGAGGGAUAUGGAAGAGGGAGAAAGUUCUUUUCUGUCCUCUCUUUUUUCCCCCUGGCUAGUGAUAGUUUCAGGUCGGCUGGGCUGGUUGGAGGAUGUGAAAGCAUUGUGAGUGGUGGGCUUUGGAGACAAGGAGGGGAGGGCUGGGAGCCGUUAAUGUCCUUCCCCCAACCCCCUAUCUUUGCUAUUUCCUCUCCUUUUAAACCUUCUUUCCUUGCUCAGUCAACCCAUGCCUGAUGUUCUGAAUUGUGUGGACCAGUGUGUAGCUGGUUGGGGCUGGUCGCACUGGGAGCACAGAAUGGUGUGAGAAUAGAGAGGGGUCGUAUUGUGCUCUUUGCCGCUGGCCCUCAGGGAAGGGGAGGUGGAGGAUGGAGGAAGUUGGUUAUGGAGGUGGUGGGGGGGUAUGUUAUGCCUCAGGCACCACAGCCCCUGCUGUCGUCUGUCACACUGAGCACAGGGACUCUUUCUCUCUCUCUGUUUCUCCUUUCCAGUGUUUAUCUCCACACACCUACCACUCUCUCUCUCUCUCUCUCCCUCCUUCUUUCUCUUUCUCUUGCUCUCUGCAUGCCUUUCCGAGCCUUUUGAGUAGUGCCUGUAGACACACAUUAACAUGCUGCAUGUCACCCUGUGGAAAUCCAGCUUGCCAUUUAUCUAUCUAUUUAAAGGAAACACAGUUCAGUCUUUUAAUAGCUGAACAUGGCAUUUACUGAUGCAUAUUUAUUGGAUGUUGGCUCAGUUUAAACAACUGGGUAAUUUUAGCACAAGGUAGUCGCCCCUGUUGUGAAGUGGCCUGGAGCAAACCGCCAAUACUAAAUUGGUUCAUGAUCCACGAUGUAGGCCAUUGAUCCCUGAUUGUCACCCAGGGUUAUCAGCUCUGAGAUCCAUUUUCUCGGCUGUUCAGAGCAAAGGCAAUAUUCCCACAUAAAAGCACAAUAAGGAAAUAAAGACGCUUUUAUAUUUCUAUGAAUGUAUCAUUACUAAAGAUGUAUUUUUUUACCUCAAAGAAUGCAAGAGUGUGGGAUAGCAGUAAAUGAUGCUACUAUAUAUGAGGUUAUGGCAGUGCUGUUUGCUGGUACCAGCCAAUGCAAUCUUUAACCAGGAAAAAGGUCCUAACUCUCGUCCCGGCAGAUCUACUGUUCUCUUUUGAAUUCAUGUAGGUUUGACUCUGCUUCUCUGCAAAUGGAAUGUACUGUAAUCAAACAUCUUUUUUCCCUUAACAUUUUGAUAUUUAUUAGAUACAAAAAAACUGUUAUGCUAAUAAACGACAAAUACGA